UCUGGAGAAGUUUGUAAUCAGCCAUGUUACCAUCCCAAUGGGUGCAAAGUUUACCAGGAUUCACCUAUUCGUUAUCCUUGCAAAGAAAAUGGGUGUAAUAAGUUAACCUUUUCUGAUUAUGGUUAUUGUGAUGAUUAUGUACAGAAAUAUUAUAGAAGACAGUAUAGGCAUCAAAAAAAGCUAGAGAAGAUGGUGCAAGAUGGAUCUGAG